CUCCUGCAGUUGUAUCUCUGACUGGAAAUGAACAGUGCCCACUUUGGAAGGUGACUGAGCUGGGAUGGAGUACACCCUGGAGCCAAAUGUGUCCAUGACCACAGAGGACUAUUACCCAGACUGGACGGUUAGCCCCUGCCAAACUGCAUUCACCCAGAAGUCCAGUUCUCUGCUCCUUGCCUUACUCUACUGCCUUCUCUUUGUCUUUGGGCUGCUGGGGAAUGUCCUGGUCAUUCUGGUUCUGGUAGCCUGUAAGAAGCUGAAAAGCAUGACUGAUGUGUACCUGCUGAACCUGGCCAUCUCUGACCUGCUCUUCGUCUUCUCUUUCCCCUUCCUGACACACUAUACUCUGGACCAGUGGGUCUUUGGGAACACCAUGUGUAAGGUCAUCUCUGGAGUUUAUUACAUUGGCUUCUUCAGCAGCAUCUUUUUCAUCACCAUCAUGAGCAUGGACAGGUACCUGGCCAUUGUCCAUGCAGUCUAUGCUUUGAAGGUGAGGACAACCAGGAAGGGCAUGGCUGUCAGCCUCCUGGUGUGGUUGGUGGCUGUUUUAGCCUCUGUCCCUUUGCUGGUAUUUUACCAGGUAUCUUCAGAGGAGGGCAUCCUCAAGUGCUACUCCUUCUAUAAUGACAGAACUACUGAAUGGAAACUCAUUACCCACUUUGAAAUCAACAUCCUGGGCCUUGUCAUCCCACUCAGCAUCCUUGUUUACUGUUAUGCCAACAUCCUGAGGCACCUGAAGAAGUGUCAGAACCACCAAAAGAUCAAGGCCAUCAGGCUGGUCCUCAUCGUAGUGGUGGUAUUUUUCUUCUUCUGGGUUCCCUUUAACAUGAUGCUCUUCCUGAAUUCCCUCCACAACCUGCAUAUCCUGGAUGGGUGUGACUUGAGUCAGAAACUCACCCAGGCCACACAGAUAACUGAGGUCAUCUCUUUCACCCACUGCUGUGUCAACCCUGUAAUUUAUGCUUUUGUGGGGGAAAAGUUCAAGAAGCAUCUCUCUGAUAUCUUUCGGAAAUACAAACGUUAUUUCUGGGUAUACAAGGAAAGCUACUAUUCCCAGGAAUACACAGAGAGAUCAUCUGUACGCCAUUCAGCUUCCUCCACCACAGACUAUAUUUUGUGAAGCAGGACAGUCCUGGCCCCAGGGGAAAUGUUUGUAUGGAAUCCAGGGAUUGCAGCAAGGAAGCAGGGAGAAGAUGUUUUGUUUACAAGGAAGACAGACAUUUGCUGUUUUCUUCUAGUCUCUCCUAAUAAGGAUUAAAUACUCUCUUUCUUCCCUCUUUCAUUUCAUACAAGGCCAUUUGCAAUUUUCUGGAUAUAUUCCCUGGCUGAUUCUUUCUUAGGAGGGAGAAAGAGAGUUAGCCCAAACUAAAUGCUGAUUGUAUAAGUCAGGGUGUGCCAAGGAUUUGUAUAAUAAUCCUUAAAUUGGGGAUGGUCAACCUCUAACCAUUGGCUUUAAUUUCAUCUAACCUUCAGGCCAAGUAUCAAGAGGCAUAUAUAGUAUAAACACACUAUACUGGGAUUCAGAAGAAGCUAUGUUCUAAGCUUGGCUCUGCCGCUAACCAAGUGUGAGAUUGAAUAAAUCAGUUCACUUCUUUGUGAACAAUUUCCUCCAGCCUCCCUGCCUUUAUGCAGGCUUCGUCCCUGGUCUGGAAUGCACUCCCUCUUUACUUCCCCCCAUGGCAUAAUCUCCAACUUCCUUCGAAGCACAGCUCAUGGACCACUUCCUUCAUGAUCCACCUUUCCUGACACCAUGCCCCCUUGGAAUAACUUUGUAUAUCCUUUUAAUUUACUCAUAUGUGUAAAUGUUGUAGUCACCAGUGUAACGUAUGCUUCCUGUGGGGGGUAUGGGGUGGGGAAUUGUUUAUGUUUGUAUCCCCAGCUUGCAGCACUUUCUCUUGCAAACAGUAGGCACUUCUAAAAAAAUUAUUAAGUUGAAUGGAGAAUAUGGGGCCUUACAAAGCCACUAGUCACUGUGGCAUAAAGAAAAAAGCAAGUGUAUUCCAAGUGCUUCAGAGGACUUUGAAGGAAACCCAAACAUCUGCAGUCAGGCAUUGAAAGCUUAACUCUGGAUCCUUCAGAAUUGGAGUCUUGGAGACUACCAUGCCACAAAACUCUCAUCUAGUUCUGGGUGGAGUUCUCACAAACUGGAUUUUUUUUUUUAACAUGAUUGAGGGGAAAAGGAAAGGCUGACAGUGACUGGGGGACAUGACAGAAGGAAACCCCUGCAGGGGUUUUAGGCUGUGAGUUCGGAGCACAGAGACUAAGCAGGGCAGACUGGUCCACUCUACAGAAAAAAAGAACCACAACAGAGUUGAAUGGAAAGGACUAAUGGUUCAA